GUCAGUCUGUCAACUGAGAUGGUCGUCAAUUAUGCGUAUAUGGCCGAGACGAUCAGUCGUAGUCAGAAGGUUACGAGUACGAGUUCUGGGACGUUGACGCGGACGCGGACGGUCAAGGUUGCUAAUGUGGCUGAUGAGGAGGAAGCGGAGUAAGUGUUUUCCAUGUUUCCCGUUUUUUCUUUUCUGUGUGUAUUGGGGCUGACUUCCUGCGCCUAGCUACAGCAGCACCACAGUCGUGACCUCGACGUCGACCGUCACAGCCUUCAGCGGCACGACGACGCAAACCGAGCCCGGCGACGACAGCACCGACAGCACCGACAGCAGCAGCAGCACGGCGCGCAGCUCGCGGCCUACGCUGUCACGCCACACGCCCUCCGCCCCCACCGGCGCCACGCUCCCCGCAUCAAUCUUCACAAUCCUUCCGUACCCCAUGCAGCAGCAGCAGCAGUCGGCCCCCGCGGCCGCGGCCCCGGCCAUCAACGACAACGCGCCCCUGGCCCCCGAACCACUGACGCUGUUCCCGACGGACCGCAUGCAGGCCAACCUGCUCGUGUCGACGCUGCCCCUCUCGCCCGCUUCGCCCACAGACAUAGACACAGACACAGAUGCAGACGCAGCGCCGCGCCCCACGCGCUGGGCCUACCUCCCGCAGCUGCAGCCGGCGGGCUCCUCCUCAUCCUCACUGCUCACCGUCGGCGACGCGGCAUCCUACCUCCCUGCCUCGGUGCUCGGGGGAGCGGAAAAGACGCCCGCGCCCCCCAAACACGAGAAGGGCCGGACGACGGCGCUGGAGCCGGCGCCCACGCUGGUAAGGGAGCUGGAGAGCACUGAGACGGCUGAGGGCGUGAAGACGGGGACGGCGGCGACGACGACGACGAUGACGGCCGAAGAAGAGGAGGAGGAGGAGGAGGAGGAGAAGAAGACCUCCUCAAGCAAGGAGGCGGCGUCGACUUCUUCUUCUUCUGCCACAGAGACAGGCAAGCCAGCCAAGUCGGCGACAGCUACCGAGGCAGCGGCAUCAUCGCCCUCGUCAGCACCGUUGGAGGCGGCGGAGUCAACGGCCGAGUCAACGGCCGAGGCGGCGGUGAUGGUGGCUACGACUUCGGAAGCUGCGUCCGAGACUGCUGCUGCGGCUCCAACGCCGUCGGAGGUGCUCGCGGAGUCGACGGCCGAGGCGCUCGAGCUGUCGCCUACCCCGACCGCGCUGUCGGAGUCGGAGGCCGAGGCAUCGCUGGCGGUGGACGCGUUGGGGCUGAGGCCGCAGCAGCGGUGGUGGGCGAAUGGGAUGCUGGUUGUGAGGUAGGUGGGUGGGUAUGAGGAGGGCUUUGUGUGGAUGGUGACGACUUAUUCUUCUUCGCUUGCCUUGCCUUGCCUUGUCUUGUCUUGUUGUUGGCUUGUGGUGUUAUUUUGUCUUAUUGCUGGCUGAGGAAGUUGAAGUUGCGGAGUUGGAAGCCGGAGAAAAGCAUCUUCGAAGGCUUUGUUUUUGGCUUCGGUGUAUGUACUGUAGUACUUUUUUGUCUUUGUCUUUCUAGUCUUGUUUGUCCGGCUUGAAUGCAGUUACGUUCUCAUGUGGUGUAGUAUGGUAAUGGCAGGGUACUGCUUUUUGGUAUCAAAUAGAGAAGGGGUAUUAAGCUCUGGCGAAGCGAUCGAGAGGUCAGAUAGCUUGCGCGGUGCAUCGCGGAUUAACUUGCUUUAGGUUCGAAAAAGAGCGGUGCAAUGGCAAGCUGCCGGAUGGAAGAGAUAGAGUGUG